UUUUUUUUCGAACCAAAAAUAAUAAUAAUGUCUUCUGAUAUUCCACCUCACCCUGGUCUUGAUACAUUAACUAAUAUUGAAGAACUUAAGCACCUUUGCCCUGCUUUUUCAAAAGGUUGUCCUUAUGCAAAACUAGAAGAAGUAGAUACUGUUGUAGUGAAUCGAGGUGAACUUUCUCGAUGUCCUGCUUUUAAAGAAGGAUGUCCAUUUUCAAAUAAAAGUAAAGAAGAGCUAUUAACUUUAAUGAAUCAAAUACCUAGCGAUCAUCCUACUUUAAAUAUGUCUGAACUUCCUUCUUGCGAAGAAGGUGUUGCCCUUGUUAAGAUGUUGAACCAAUUUCUUGACAGGUCUCAACUUGAGAAUAUUUUUAAUAUCAAAUCUGAAAACGAAGUAAAGGUUGAAGAAUCAACAGAUUAUUUAAAAGAUCCUCAAUUGGCAUCGGCUAUGCGUGAAGGCACAAAAGCUGUUCAUAGAGCUGCUGAAACAAGUGUAUUUACAAGACGUUUUCUGAAGGGCGACAUCAACGCUGAUGAAUAUGGUCGUUAUAUCAAUUCCCUUUAUUUUGUUUACAAAUAUAUGGAAGAGUUACUUGAAGAAUACAAGGAGCAUCCAGUUGUUAAGCUUAUUUAUUUUCCACAUGAAUUAAACAGAAAAGAAAGUCUUGUAAAAGAUCUUGAAUAUUUUUAUGGUCAAGAACAAGCAGCUCAAUUAAUAAAUUCAGAAACGAUGACACCCGCCGUUAAGAACUAUGUUCAAGCAAUGAAAGAUGCUUGUCUCAAGAGUCCUGCUCUUUUAAUCGCUCAUAGUUAUUCACGUUACUUGGGUGACUUGAGUGGUGGUCAAAUUCUUGCUAAACGUCUCAAAAAACAUGUACUUCAUCUAGACGAUACUGUUUGGGAUACAACAGAAGGACUCCAUUUUUAUAAUUUUAGUAACUUGGGUAAUCAAGCCGAUUUCAAGAAUUUUUAUCGCGAUCGUUUGAAUGCUGCUAAAGUGAACGAAGAAACAAGGGAUCUCAUCGUUUCUGAAGCUGUUCGAUCAUUUGAGUUAAAUAUUGCAUUGUUUAAUGAAAUUCAAGAGCUCUCUGAGACAAAUAAGCUGACAGCUACCAUGAUUCAACAAAAGGAAGAGAAACUUGAUGUUAAUGAUCAGGAACAUCAAGAAAUGAAUAAGGAGACUUCUGUUACUAUAACUAAAUGGUUUAGUCUAAUCACUGUAACUGUUGCCACUAUCGCUAUUGGUACUGCUAUUUACCAACGCUAUUACAAAAAGUAAUAUUUUAUUUUAUUUUAUUUAUUUAUCUGUUUGUAUUUUAAACUCGAAGACCAAAAUACCAAUAUAAUAAAACUAAUAAUAAAG